GGCAGUCAGGGACACCCAUGUGGACCCUAUACCCCCAGAAUGAAGGGCUACGUGUGUUUCUUUCUUUUCGUGAUUUCAGCCAGUGUACAGGUUGUGCACACUGCCCCCACGUGUUCCCCAAACGCGUUCCGUUGCGGAGACGGGAGGUGCAUCGACUCGUCAGAUGUCUGCAACGGACUGGUUGAGUGCGCCGACAUGAGCGACGAAAUGAACUGCAGCUGUAAGAGGGAGGAGUUCAGCUGUGGAGACGGACGCUGUGUUCCCUCCUCCUGGGUCUGUGAUGGACUAGUGGACUGCUCUGACAAGAGGGACGAGGCCAACUGCAGUGACGUUGCCCGGACGUGCAGUGGGAGUUUCUUCCACUGUGACAUGGUGCGCUGCAUCCCCCACUCCUGGAUCUGUGACGGAGAUGUGGACUGCAUGGACAAGAGCGACGAGAGGAACUGCUAUCAUAUGGGGAUGGGCGUGGAGAGGCCGUGCCCUUUGAACUCUUUCCGCUGCGCUGACGGCCGCUGCAUCCCCUCCUCGGGACUCUGUAACGGACGCAGUGAGUGUGCAGACGGGAGCGACGAGAGCAACUGCAUCAUCACUGAGAGGACUCUUACAGUAGGCUUUGCCGAGAUGACCACCACAACAACCAUCACUGAGAUGACCACCAUAGCAACUACCACUGAAAUGACCACUACAGCCACUACCACUGCGAUGCCCACUACAGCAGCCGUCACUGAGAUGACCACCAUAGCAACUACCACUGAAAUGACCACCAUAGCAGCCACCACUGAGAUGACCACCAUAGCAACUACCACUGAAAUGACCACCAUAGCAGCCACCACUGAGAUGACCACCAUAGCAACUACCACUGGGAUGACCACCACAGCCGCCACCACUGAGAUGACCACCAUAGCAACUACCAUUGAGAUGACCACCACAACCGCCCCCUGCUCUCCUGGCUCUGUGCCCUGCGGCAGCGUUGGCGAGUGCGUUCUCUCCGCAGCCGUGUGUGACGGACAGGUCGACUGCUCGGACCGCAGCGACGAGGCCAACUGCACCUAUAUGGAGAGAGGCCUUGCAGAGCCGACGUGCUCCCCGAACGCCUUCCGCUGUGGCGAUGGAGUGUGUGUUCCGUCCGCUGCCGUCUGCAACGGACAGCACGACUGCCCCGACACCAGUGAUGAGGCAAACUGCACGGCCACACUGAUGACCUGCCACCCGGCCUCUUUCAGCUGUGGCGACGGCACCUGCAUCCCCUCAGCGUGGAUCUGUGACGGCCAGUACGACUGCAGCGACAGCAGCGACGAAAGCAACUGCACGGUCCCCGAGAGCACCUGCGCUCCAGACUAUAGCCGCUGUGGAGACGGACGCUGCAUCCCCUCCCUCUGGCUCUGCGAUGGACGUGCCGACUGCUCGGACAGGAGUGACGAGGACAACUGCACCAUCGCAGAAUCCACCUGCUUGGCAACAGACUUCUACUGUGAUGAUGGCAGCUGCACUCCUUCCUCUGGAGUCUGUGAUGGAGUGGGCCAGUGUGUUGACAGCAGUGACGAGAGGAAUUGUUCCACCGUAGGCCCAGCCUGCUCUGUAUCAGACUUCCUGUGUGAUGACGGCUCCUGUAUCCCCUCUAGUGGGGUCUGUGACGGAGUGAGUCAGUGUGUGGACGGGAGCGACGAGAGGAACUGCUACACCGUAGAACCUACCUGUUCCUCUUCUGAGUUCCGCUGCGAUGAUGGCAUGUGCAUUCCUUCCUCUGAGGUCUGCGAUGGACAGAGUCAGUGUUCGGACAAGAGUGACGAAAAGAGCUGCCCCACCGUAGAACCCACCUGCACCGUGACAGAGUUCCGCUGUGAUGACGGUCGCUGUGUUCCUUCCUCUGGUGUCUGUGAUGGCGUGAGUGACUGCGUGGACGGCAGCGACGAGAGGAACUGCCCCACCGUAGAGGCCCCCUGCUCCUCGUCUGAGUUCCGCUGUGGUGACGGCGCCUGCGUCCCCUCCUCAGGAGUGUGCAACGGGGUCCCCCAGUGUCUGGACCGCAGCGACGAGGACAACUGCACUUCCACAGAGAGGACGUGUUCGCCGACUCAGUUCCGCUGCUCCGAUGGCGCCUGCGUCCAGUCCAUCUGGGUGUGUGACGGAGAGAUCGACUGCGUAGACGGCAGCGACGAGAACAACUGCAGUUCCAGCCAGAGGACGUGUGGUCCAGACUACUUCCCCUGUGGGAACGGCCUCUGCAUCCCCAACAAAUGGCUCUGCGACGGCAAAGCAGAGUGCCCCGACCACAGCGACGAGACCAACUGCUCCCACACGAGCUGCAGGCCGAGCGAGUUCCACUGCGGGGUCGGCGGCCGCUGCAUCCCGUUGGCCUGGGUGUGUGAUGGAGAGAGCGACUGCAUGGACAAGAGCGACGAGAGGAACUGCACAGUGAGUGUGAUGGUGACGACGUGCAGGCCCGGAGAGUUCCGCUGCGGUGACGGCAGCUGCAUCCCCUCGGCCCUGGUCUGCAACGGGAACCGCGACUGCAACGACGGCAGCGACGAAGACCAGCAGCAGAACUGCUAACUGCUGCCAUGGGGAUGACCAGAGGCUCUCUGGAGGAAACUUCCAGAAACUGUAGCAACACCAGUCUGCAAGUGAAUGCAUCUCCGCAGUCUAGACCUCCAGCAAUACUUGACGUAUAUGUGUGUAUACACAUCUGCCAUCGUAACUGCAAUAAUGAUCUCACAAUACAAUACACUUACUGGUAGUGUUUCCUAGGCCUACUCGACACUGGUCGAACUGCCCGUUUUAUUACAAUGUCAUCCAUGUGAACAGCUAUUUUCAUUUGGCCAGUGUUGUCCCUGUCCAGAUCUUUGGAGCUUCUGAAGAGAGAUGUGCUUCAGUUUUGUGCUUCAGUUUUUUCAGUGUUUUGUUUAAUCAUCAAACUUUAGUUUGUUAGUAAAAUUAGCUCAAUUAAUGCUGACAUUAUAUUAUAUUCCUCACAUUAUAGACCUCUGACGUUCGCCUACAAAGAAAAGAAUCAAAGCUGCCAUUUUUUGCCCAUAUAAGGAGAUCCGGGUGCUAAUUGAAGUUAACUUCCUAUGGCAAGUUGCAUUGAAAGUUAGCUCUGGAGUAGAAAUAAUCAGAAUCUAUCAUCACAACAUACCGAAGAUGACAGUAUCUACUAGAAGGCAGAGAACACAAGUGUGUGCAGUAAAAUGUCUGCAUGUGCAAUUUCUUCGCCUCUGCAAGACUUUAACACGUGUGAUAAUUCAAAAAUCCCCAUGUUAUUUUCCUAUAGGAAACAUCACAAGAUACCAGAUCUCCUUCUAUGGGCAAAGAUGGUAGCAUUUUUUUUUUAAUGGUGAACUUCAGAGGUUCGCCUAAAAAUAAGGAACCAAAACUGCCAUCUUUACCCAUAUAAGGAGAUACGGGUGUUAAUUGAAGUGAACUACUUAUGGCAAGUUGCAUUGCAAGUUAGCUCUGGGGAAGCGAAAUCAAGAGUGUGUACAGGAAAUCGUCUGUCAUUUCUGCACUUUUUCCUCCCCGUGACAGUUCACAAGUGCGAUAAUUCAAAAUCCCCAUGUUAUUUUCCCAUUUUCCCCCCAUAAGAAAAAUCGCCAGAUACCGGAUCUUAAAGAUGGCAGGUUUUUUUGUAGGUGAACUUCAGAGGUCUAUCGAAGGUAAAACGCUGUGCUGUAGCAGACUAAACCAGAGGUGCUGAGGACAUUGGGGAGUAAGAAAGUCACGAGACAUAUUUGUCUCAACACAGGUUUAAAACUGUGUUGAACUUUAAAAAGUGAAUAAGUUAGUGACAGAGCUAUUGCCCCAGUAGGCCUACCUAGUGUUAUGCGGGAGUUGCAUGAAAACAAUUCCUUUACGCAAUCAACACCACGCAAGCGUACGUAUUGAUGUAGUAACUGUGAACAGGACCCAUUUGGGAGAGGAGGAGGAGGAGGAAAAAUGGCUUCUGCCACCAUAC